AUGCAUUGCAAGCAGAGUAAUACCAGGUGGCUUCCUACUAGAGAUCAGAUAAGAAUCCUCAAGGAGCUUUACGAUGACAAGGGAGUUAAGUCCCCCACUGUAGAGCAGGUUCAGAGGAUCACUCUCCAGCUAAAAUGGUACGGAGAGAUCGAGAACAAGAACGUCUUUUAUUGGUUCCAGAAUCAAAGGGCUCGGGAGAAGCUGAAGAACAAUAAGCUUACUUCGGAUGUUCAAGUGCCCAAGCAAAGAUCAGAGCUUGUUGGUGGAUCCAAUAAUCUCAAUUUUGGGUCAACUAGUUCUGCUGGUGUUGGUGGAUCCAUAAUGGAACAACGAGGGGACGAUCACCAGGAGAUUAAAACCCUUCCACUAUUUCCCAUGCAAAGUGAGGACAUCAUUGGCAACAUGAAGACUACUUCCGAUGGAGGUGGUGGUCACGGUGGUGGCUCUUACAUUUCCCUUAAGCUCAGCCUUUCCUGCGAGGGCAAAGCUAGAAAAACUUUCCGGAGCCGCUGA